UAUCUGGGUCUGGGUUUCUGUAAGGCACUUUAUGACAACAGUGACAUCAGCAUCCAUAAUGAUAUGUGUCUGUGUCCCCUCUUUAUGGUUACCAGGACAAUGCUAGCCCUUCCGCCCUCCCGGAGUCCCUCUAUCGUGCCUCUCCCGGUAGCACCUUACUACUGGGUAUGAAGAGGUUGUCUGUGCUGCUGGUGGACUGCAGGAAAACAACAGGGCUGAGUGGAACUGUGAGAGGAGGAGAAGAGAAGAAAGGAUCAGAUUUGACUCAUCAAAGAGGAAAACCAAACUUGGAGGAACCAAAGACCUCCACAACAUCAAGACAACACCUCUGCUCCCAGAUCAAGUUAGGAAGCCUGAAAAGACCUGAGAGGACACACACAGGAGAGAAGCCAUACCAUUGCGGCCAGUGUGGAAAGAGUUUUAGCCUGUUAGGAAGCCUGAAAGCUCAUGAGCGAAUACACUCAGGAGAGAAGCUAUACCAUUGUGGCCAGUGUGGAAAUAGUUUUAGCCAGUUAGGAAACAUGAAAAGACAUGGGAGGAUACACACAGGGGAGAAGCCAUACCACUGCUCCCAUUGCGGAAAGAGUUUUAACCAUUUACUUAACAUGAAAAGACAUGAGAGGAUACACACAGGAGUGAAGCCUCACCAUUGCUCCCAGUGUGGAAAGAGUUUUACGCAGUUAGGUAUCCUCAAAGAUCAUUUGCGAAUACACACAGGGGAGAAGCCUUACUACUGCUCCCAUUGUGGAAAGAGUUUUAACCAUUUACUUAACAUGAAAAGACAUGAGAGGAUACACACAGGAGUGAAGCCUCACCAUUGCUCCCAGUGUGGAAAGAGUUUUAUGCGGUUUGGUAUCCUCAAAGAUCAUUUGCGAAUACACACAGGGGAGAAGCCUUUCCUUUGCGCUCAGUGUGGAAAGAGUUUUAGCCAGUCAGGAAACCUGAAAGUGCAUGAGCGAAUUCACACAGGGAAGAAAUCUUACCACUGAUCCCAGCGUGCAAUGCGUUUUUACCCAAUUAGGACACCUGAAAGAAGACAUGAGACCGCACAUGGGGGAGAAGCCUUACAAAUGUUCAGACUGGGGGGAAGGCAUUUUACUCAUCAGUAGCGUAAAAAAAAUGUGAGAAUCCACACAGGAGAGAAUGUUUACUUGUUUAUAUAUAAAUAUUUCUGGAUUUUUGACUUCUCAUUUUGUCUGUCAUAGUUGUAGUGUACCUAUGAUGAAAAUUACAGGCCUCU